AAAACCCAGAUUUUCAUGACUCCGGACUCUAGUUGACAUUACGAACGCGCGGAGAAAGCUGUGAAAUGCGUACCUCCGUUGCUACACUAAUUAUGUUGCUGGUUAUGCUGGCAGCGACGCCAGGCAGUCAAUCCGUGUUAGAGCUGGGCGCUACCCAAGGAUUAGUUUCGUUGGGCACAAAUCUCGCAACGCUUAUGAUAGUCGGCUCAGGAGUAGUGUGCACUGGAUUUCAGGUCCCAUUAACCGUGUUUGGACCUCUAAAGCUCCCGUUUCCUGUAGCUUUUGGUUUGAAACGCUUUGGCUUUAUAAAACUACGACUUCUGCUAAGUAAGCUAUCUCCAAGAGCUGCCGCGCGAUUUGAUGUUAGCGGAAUAUUACCCUACUUACGGAUUGUUCAGUACACGGCUGUACCUAAUGUCAUGGGUGGAAAACCCGAGGUAGGGGCAAAAGGUAAGAGCACCACACCAGAGCCACCGCAGGCUACCUAUCGACCAUUUAGAGAAGUAGCUAGAACAUUGCCUAUAACAGCCCUAAGGCGAAUUUUCCGUGAAAUCGAAGAAUUUGACCCCGAUCGCUGUGUACUUCGCGUUCUCUGCGAACUUGCCGUGGAUCCAACACUUGCUGAAGAUUUUGGAAAGGACGUGAUGGCCUUCUUGAAGUCUCUCGACAACAGUGACUCUACAGCCCCCUGGGUUAAAUUCCAAAAAGCCAUUAUUUCCGGACAGCUCACUCAGUCACGCAAGGCUUGUUAUCGGAAAUAUAAUGGAUGCGCCAAGCCUACUAAGACAUUUGUAGUUGAAGCACGAAAACGCCUGAUAGGGUCAAGUACGUCAUGAUACGAUUGAGCAACUACAAACUUUUCAACGAAUAGAUUGAGCUCUAGCGCAAAAUUGUUGGAACAAUACGGCUCUGAUGUCCGACCACUCACGUCUUCCGUACUAGUAAUGAUCUGUUUGUGCAUCAGUGGGGCAUGACUGGCAGCCGGGAGCAGUGUUGAUCGUUCGCGAAAAGGAUUUUGAAACACCCUGAGUUGAUGAAUUAUUUGAAUGAUUGCAAGAGCUGUAUAUAAUGAAUAACUACGCACUGUCAAUGAGAGGUCAUUCGAUUUACAUCUAAGUAAUAAUAAUUUAUUUGUGAGGUGAAG